AGAAUAACAGCUGUUAGUUUCUUCGGCUGCAUAUUUGUAGUAAAUGCAUUUUUACGAUUUCAAUUUUUCAAAUUUGAAUUUCAAUUCAUUACCAUGGAGUCAAAACACACACUGGUUCAUUGGUUUCGCAAGGGUUUGCGUGUACAUGACAAUCCAGCGCUGACGCUUGUGUUUACCAAAGCACUCAGUGCGCCAACACAAUAUUGUGUCCGUCCAAUUUUUAUACUCGACUCUGCGUUAGUGGAAUGGCUAAGAGUUGGCGCGAACCGCUGGCGCUUUUUGCAACAAACACUGGCUGAUUUAGACGCACAACUACGCCAAAUAAAUUCUAAACUCUAUGUCGUGCGUGGAACGCCGGCUACAGUUUUUCCCCACAUCUUUCGUGAAUGGCGGGUCAGUUUGCUAACAUUCGAGACAGAUAUUGAACCUUACGCACUGAAACGCGAUGCUGAGGUGCAGCGUUUGGCAAAGGAAGCUGGCGUAAAGGUGGACACUUGUUGUUCGCAUACUAUUUAUAAUCCGGAGUUGGUAAUGCAACGGAAUGAUGGCAUUGCUCCGUUGACUUACCAGAAGUUUUUAAGUGUUGUGGAUAAAUUCAAAGUAGCGUUGCCAGUGCCGAUGCCGGAACAAUUGAAUGAUGAGAAUGAGCCCCCAAAGGAUGCAAAGGAAAAACGUGAUGUGAAUUGCUAUGCAAUUCCCUCAUUGGAAGAGCUGGUUAAGCGACCUGAGCAACUGGGAGAGAACAAGUUUCCCGGCGGUGAAAGUGAAGGUUUGCGACGCUUGGAUGCAUCGCUAAGCGAUGAGUCAUGGGUUGUCGCUUUCGAGAAACCAAACACUUCACCAAAUUCGCUUGAACCAAGCACCACUGUGCUCAGUCCCUACCUUAAAUUUGGCUGCCUCAGUGCGCGUUUGUGUCAUCAGCGGAUAACAAACAUUUUAAGUCGGCAUAAAAAACAUUCGAAACCGCCUGUGUCACUGUUGGGGCAACUACUUUGGCGUGAAUUUUAUUACACUGCUGCUGCUUCCGAACCAAAUUUCGAUCGUAUGUUAGGCAACAAAUUCUGCAUGCAAAUACCCUGGGAAAGUAACGAAGCGCAUUUGACAGCUUGGGCGUAUGGGCGUACUGGCUAUCCAUUCAUUGACGCUAUUAUGCGUCAGUUGCGCAAGGAAGGUUGGAUUCAUCAUUUGGCACGUCACGCAGUCGCAUGCUUUUUAACGCGCGGUGAUUUGUGGAUCUCCUGGGAGGAGGGGCAAAAAGUGUUCGAGGAGCUGCUGCUCGAUCAGGAUUGGGCUUUGAAUGCGGGAAAUUGGAUGUGGCUCUCAGCAUCUGCAUUCUUUUAUCAAUACUUUCGUGUUUAUAGCCCAGUCGCUUUCGGCAAGAAAACUGAUCCUACAGGCGUUUAUAUAAGAAAAUAUGUACCUGAGCUUGCAAAGUACCCUGCAGGUUGCAUUUAUGAACCGUGGAAGGCGACAUUGAGCGCACAACGGGAAUAUGGCUGUGUACUGGGUGAAGAUUAUCCGCAUCGCAUCGUUAAUCACGAAACAGUGCAUAAGGAGAAUAUCAAACGCAUGACGGCGGCAUAUAAGGUGAACCGAGAAGUAAAGCAAGGCAGCAAAACUUGCGACAAAGACGACGAAAGGGCUAAGCGUAAAAAAGUGGGAAAUAGCGUGACAUUGGCAAAAAAACGACGUACCUAAUGCAACAUAUUUCCUACAGUAUUAUCCAGUA